AUGGAGACCGGCGACCGCAAUCGAGGCCAAACUGAGGGGCCUAGGCGCAUCGAGGUAGUGAAGUUGGAGGCCUACCACGUGCUCUCGGCGCUCAAGGAUCACCUCAGGAACAGCCAGAACACCACAAGCCUUGUGCCAGUACUGGGCACCGACACCGGCUCUGGCAAGGCGCUGCAGGAGCCCUCCCUGACCCGGUACUUCAAGCUCCUGAUAGUCAAGGGUGUGCCCAGCGAGGACAUAUUCCUCGACAUAGCGCACAUAAGGCCCUUCUUGGAGGUGAUGAAAACAUGUGACUCGAAGCAGAGCAAGCUCAUUAUACUAUGCGCGGAGGCCAUCUCGAAGUUCACGCAGUGUGAAAUUGCCAACUUCAACCACAAGGAUGCGCCUGCCGUGCUCAACACCACCUUCGAGGAGCUUUUGCGGCUGUUCUCGACGAAUGUGGAGCCAAAGGAGGAUCUGUUGACACUAAAAAUCCUGAAGGCGCUCUGCGACAUACUGCGCUCAAAGGGAGGCAACCUUAUCACGAAUGAAAACAUAUGCGUCAUGUUCAAAAUGAUCGCAACGCUGCUCACUGCGAGGCACAGGAACAGCGCGAUGCGGAAGCUCAUACACGACGAGGUUGUCAACCUGCUGCAGGCCUCGCUGGGGCACUACGACAAAAACGCCAUAAAGCCCACGAAGCCGAAGGGGCUAUCGCGAAGAGUCAGCAGCACUUUCAUAUUCAUCAGCCUGCUCCUGGCCCAAAAGACGUCGCAACAACCUUUCAGCCUAUACGCUGAGGACUCAUUCCUCUCCCAGGAGGAUAAGGACACGGCUGCUAGGUUCAGAAACGACUUCGCCAUACUAUCGCAAAACGUGAUAUCUUUCCCCGCGUUGUGGAACGAGUUCUGCUCAGACGUCUGUGUGGUGGGACUGGAAACGCUCAACCAAACCAUGGAGUUCGGAUCGCUUUACCACAGGCAGUACAACGCGGUACUGCCGAUCGUCCAGGUCUUCAUAGCAAACUCCAUAUAUCGCAUGUGCUUCACGGAAACUCUGUCGCUGUACUCGUUGGUCUUGAGGUCGCUCAAGAACCUGCUGUUCUUCUUCAGGACGCAGAUGAAGGCGCAGUUCGAGGCGUUGCUCACGCAUAUCAUCGCGUCUGUCGUGAACCACGUGCAUGAAACGAAGACGUAUUUGUUCAAGCCCGACAUCAUCGAAAUGAACAUGGAAUUCAUCGUAGACUUGUGUCACAAUGAGCAGCUCAUCAUGGAGUUGUACGCAAACUACGACUGCGACGUCAGGUGCGCGAACAUCUCGGACGUGCUCAUCAAGGGUAUCAUAACCUGCCUGGUACCAACGCAUGACUUCGACCCUAGUAGCGCAAAUGAUCCUGUAAGGGGUAGAAUAGCACAAUCAACAGUGGUACUGAGAAGAAAGGCUUCAUCGGGAUACGGAAAGACCGCGGGCGACGGCAGCUGUGUAGUCAAUUUGGAGUUCAUGGCCCUCAACGCGUUGCAAGGUAUACUUAAAUCAUUGGCUACUGACACUAUGGAAACCAAAAAUUCGCCAAUUGCCGAAAAGGAUUCGCACUUCGUCAAACUUAAGCGGUGGAAAGACAUGCUUAGAGGGGCAGCGGAGACAUUCAACACCACAGAUCUGGGAGAUGGCUGGAUACCACUGGUAAAGAAAAUAGGGCUGCUUCCAGAGCACCACUCUCCGAAGGAUGUGGCAACAUUCCUCAAGUGUGUUCCGGAUAUGAAUCUUAGAAAGGUGGGAGAGUACCUGGGGACACACAAGAAUCCGCAAUUCAUGGAUCAAGUUAGAGUAGAGUUUGCGAGGCUCCACAGUUUUAGGGCGUUGCCGAUCGUCAUGGCGAUUAGGUUGUUCCUGUCGUCUUUCAGGUUGCCGGGUGAGUCGCAGCAGAUCGAGAGGAUCAUCGAGGUAUUUGCUUCCACAUACUUCGAAGCGCAGCCGCUGGCCGACGAAACUGAUGACAAGGCCGACAGCAAUGGAAAGACGCAGUCAAACGAGAAUGUGCCGGACAGCAAAAGGCCAAGGUGGGUUAUCCAGGAGAAUGCCUUCUGGCAACUCAACUUUACCUCGUACGGGGUUGCAAACGUGGGGACGAUAAACGACCAUAUCGCAGCAGAAGAAGAGGCACCCUACGAGCACUUCAAGAGGCAAUUCAUGCAGAAUGAAAUCGAAAAUAUACUGACGAACGAAAGAAUGAAUCUUGUCACUGAGGCCAUUAAGGACGACACCAUCGUAGCCGGCAUGCAACUGACGCAAUCUGAACCCACACAAGAAGACGACAGCAAAACAGGAAAGAACAGGGAUGUAGGUGUUGUGGAUGAGCACGUGAAACCUGGGUUCGCAUACGUAGCGAACGCCGAUGUCAUUUUUGUCCUGUCGUACUCGAUUAUCAUGCUCAAUACGGAUCUGCACAACUCGCAGAUAAAGAAGAAAAUGAAACUGGAGGAUUUUGUCCGAAACAAUAAGGGAAUAAAUAACGGGAAGAGCCUGCCUUUUGAAUUCUUGGAGGACAUAUACACGACGAUCAAACAUCACGAAAUUAAACUUCACAAGGCUUCUGAACAGACUGAGACUGUCAAGUACGACGGCUUCUUCUGGGUGGACCACGUCCUACAGAGGCAAAGGCUUAUGUGUAGCUUUAACACGGAUCUUUGCGCAUACGGGUGGGGAAUAAAACGCAGCAUUUUCCAACUGCUGUGUAAAAACCGAUUCCACCAUGCACUCAACACAGCCCUAGUUGUCGCGCAAUCGAUCUCAGGGCUCAAAAGGUGUAUACGCAUGAUAUGGCUGUUCAUGAGAGUUGCGUUGAAGUUCGAGGAAAAGGAUGUCAUUAAUCAAACUUUCCGACUCUCGAGCAUCAACAUCGAUGAUACCAUCGGUUACAGGUGCCAGCUUUCACUGGCGUUGCUGCUAAAUGUGAUUGCCACUGCGUCCAACUUGUUUGACGAGGCAUCCUGGGUCAAAGUCAUGGACACCAUAAUCAAGCUUUAUUACCUCAACCUAUUGCCCCUGUCCUUCGCGGCUUUGGAUAUCGAUGCGCAUGUGUUUGGCAACUGCAGCGCGCUGACUGACGCCCUAGUGCCUCCCACCAUCCGCUUCAGGCGUAACUUGGAUGCGAGAAAAGGUGCCGGGUGGUUAGGAGGGUGGACUAACUUCAUGUUCGGAAAACCUGUUUCGCCAAGUAGCAGCGAACAAGGGGAUGUGGCUGAUUGUGAUUUUGAUGAGCUUGCAAGGCUCAGCUUACAACGAUCAGAUUCGCAACAAGCGCCAAACGAGCAGUUCCUCUUCCUCUGUGACGUGCAGUCCACCUGCGACGUGCCUGUGGAGAACCCGUACUUCAAUGUCGACCUUCUCAAACGCGGUGUCAAUCCGAUACAAACAAAGGAGGAUGAAGAUGCCAUCAAGGAAGUGACGCAGGCGUUUGGCAACGACGCCGACAGGGAGGAGUUACUGCCACAGGUGCUGGCGUACAUGAACCUUAGGUUGGCAUUCCUGAACAUAUACAACGUCAACAACCUAUUCCUUGGGGCCACAGCGAGCGUCGGGAGCGAAAACUACCUGACCGUUAUGAAGGUCAUCGCAUGCCGCAUUGUAGAGGCUGCAACAAAGGAUAAGGAGGUGCCAACCACCGCAAAGCCUAAUGGCGCCCCCAGUCAGACGUCGCAGGCGUCUGCGGCGAACUCCAGAACGGAAAUCAAUGUAUCGCAAGAAGGGUCGUUGGUGGAACCCUGCCCAAAAGAAAUUAAAAGCUUUAACAGCAAAGUGGAGCCCGCGUUCUUUUUGGGUAUAUUCACCAAGGUAUGCAUCACGGUAUUCGAGAGUACCAAACAGGUUAUCAAGCACAACGGGGCUUCGCUGAGCAAGGAUGAGGAAGCCAAACUGAAGAUCACCGUGAUCUUCACUGUGAAGUGUUUCCAUCUCAUGGCUAGUACGCUCAUCUUCCGCGACGCAUUGGAGCACAUACCGAAACCGGAUGAUGUUCUCGAAGUUUUCGGGCUCGCGGAUGAUGAUGAACUAUAUGAGCAAAUAUCUAACGAUGAGAGCAUGGCUAUGUUGCAGGAGACAACCGAAAAACUUAUAAAGUCCGUCAAAAGCGAUACUGUCCUGUCCUCCUAUUUGUGCAUUAUGAUCCUCAAGUUGAUACUCUGGUUUACGCAAAACUCACAAUACGACACCGUUGUGUUGCGCGGUAAACGGAGCUCCGGCGAUGAAACUGCUUUCCCCAAUGGAUUGUCGAGAAUUGACACUAAAGGUAAGGCAACGUCGACCAAAGAGUCGACGGAAGACCUGAGCGUUAGGUGGUCAGACCUCUGCCUCUGGCUUGGUGCGUGGUUGCUGCAGAUGCUCAUACACUUCGAAAACAGAGUCUUUUACAACCACAUAGAGCCCACAGUUAAGGUCAUAUCAAGUGUGGCUACAAGCAAGGUUAUCGCACGAAACAACUACUUCAUGAAGGUUAUGUUGGCUGCUUUUCAGAGAGUUACCAAUCACAACUUGCCGUUCGCAAAGGACGUUACAACCGCGCUUCCAGGGGUGGAUCGUGUCAGGAGGAUACAGAACGCGAUAGCAGGUGUUUUGCCCAUCGUGAUGCGCAACAACAAGUGUCUGGUCAAAUCGGAACCGCAUGUGAUGGCAAAUGGGGAUGGUGACGUUACCGACGACGACCACAACCGGGGUAUAGUGGCAAUACAAAUGCUCGUCGAAAUGAAAACUUUCGCUACCAAUGAUGAAGUUGUCGAGGCUCUGUGGCUGUACGCAAUACAUGCGCUCGCUAUCAUAUGUUCAAUGGGGCCGCAGCGCAUAUACUUGGAAGCCAAUAAGGCUCUCAACAAAAUAUUGCUCAAAGAGGCUGCGCCCAAAGGAUGGUGCAAUACUAUAACCCGUGUUGUUCGUAUAUUCGACUACCUCUUGGCGCCAAUUCUCACGAACAAUUUCCAGUACCCCUUCAUGUACCACAUGGUUGCCGUGCCGCUGACCAAGAUGCCUCCCAAAAUCGCAAACGCACGACGCGGCAAUUGGGACAUCGUUGGACCGUUCAGCAAACAGAAAUACAGUGUACUAAAAUGUCCUGUGUGGAUGGAAAACGUCGUAACGGAGCAUCUGGCGUCCUACAGCGUCGCAGACGUGGAUGACAUCAACACCCGCAGAGCGGAGAUGACCAGUCUCAUAUGUCAGUACAUGCUGGCAAACAUGUCCACGCUGAGCACCAUGGAACUGGUACCUAUCGAAAUAAAGAAGGUGAAGGAAAUGGCCAGCAGCCUGGAGUAUCUGCUCUACACCUCGGAUCAGAAGACCUGCUCGCAGACGUGUGUCAAGAGGUUGAUAACGGUCACGAACUACAUUCUGAAUGUGAUCAUACCGAGCAACGGAGAGUACUACACGGACACAACCAGCGACACGUACUUGGAGUCCCUCAAGAACUUCCUGCUGGUGCUUCUCACAUCACCGGAGCUGAAAAGCGCCGACGAAGGGUGUGUUCAGCACUUCAAGAACGAUGCCGAGCUCAAGCAGUGUCUGGAACUUGUAAAGGACUCCGUGGAUAUGACGUCGGCAAGCCCAGGGGAGUAUGCCCUCGCUUCGCUGUUGGCCCACACGUUCUCUACAUCCGAUUUCCUCAAGGAACUGUUUUUGGAUAUACUGAAGGUGGUGUUUGCAGCUCCGCCGCCGGCAAUAGAAAAGACGGAGGCGGCGGCUGAUGAUGCAGCCGAACAGUAA